AGCGGCCGCUUCGCUGUGCAUGCCGGUUAUUGUAGUACUCGCUUAGUGACACUUCCAUUCCUACACACGGCACACAGGCGGCUACUGAACUACAAUCCCCAGUGCAGCCGGAACGGGGGCUGAAUCCCGUAGUUUGAAAGCGGCCCCGUCAGCGCCCGGGACGGUGGGGACGAAGUGAGUUGGUCGGUGGGAUGGCGUCGUUUGUAACGGAGGUGUUGGCUCAUUCUGGUCGCCUGGAGAAGGAGGACCUGAGCACGAAGAUAAGCCGCCUGUCCCGUAGGGUGGAAGAAGUCAAGGGUGAGGUAUGCGACAUGAUCAAUAAAAAAUAUGAUGAGUUCCUUCCCAGCAUGCAAAGUGCUGAAGAUCUGGUGACGCAAGUAAAUAAUCUGAACAAAGAGGUAGACAUUUUGAAGUCGACAAUUGAAAAUGAGGUGCAAAAUGAACUUAAAGUGGCUGUCAGUGAAUACACGGAGUUGAAACAACAGCUGGAUAAAAACACCAUUAUCCUUGGUGUUCUCAAUCAGUUGCAAGAGUUCAAUAGUGCUCUUGACAAAUAUAACACUGCUUUUUCUGAGAAGACUUACAUCACUGCAGCCGAGCAUCUUGAAAAGGCACACAGCUGUCUGAAAACUCUGCGGUCUAGAAAGGGCUUUGAGCUGAAGGUGCUAAGGGCUCUAGGGAUAGAGCUGACUGUACAGAAACAGAACUUACUGUACCACAUUGGAGAGGAGUGGCAGAAACUGGCAGUGUGGAAACUACCCCCAUCUAAAGAUCCUUCAAGACUGGAUAUGAUCUUGAAGACAGAGCUGCACCUUUGUACUCUGCCAUCUUCUGAUGAAAUAAAUUCUGGUCCAUUACUGGGAUCGGUGCUUCCAGCGUUGGCGGUCCUGGGAGAGUUGAACACCAAGUUGAAGUUUUUCAGUCAAAUACUGAUGAAUUAUAUCCUUAAACCUCUGAUUUCUUAUCCAUCCCUUCACGCUGUGGUGGAAUCUCAGCCACAGGGGGUAAUAUUGCGCUUUGAAAGUCACGCAACAGACCUUGAACAUCCACCACCUGCUGUAGUUUUCCUGAAGCUGAAGAUGGUUCUGGAGUUACUUCACAAACAUCUGCUGGAUGUUCCUGUAGAAAACCAGCGAGACGAGCAAGGAAGGAUAGUCAUCCUAGCAGAGGUUCUUGGUGAUCUGAUCUGGGAGGAGAUUUCAGACUCCAUUAUCAAAGACUGCCUGGUGUAUUCCAUACCCACCAAUAGCAGCAGGCUUGAGCAGUAUGAGGAGGUCAUAAAGGCAACUGAAGAGUUUGAAAAUGCCUUAAAAGAAAUGAAAUAUCUGAAGGGUAAUGCAACCGAGCUUCUUAAAUAUGCCCAAAAUGUCAAUUCUCACUUCGCUAGCAAGAAAUGCCAGGAUGUAAUUGUAGCAGCUAGAAAUCUAAUGACUUCUGAAAUACACAAUACAGUGAAGAUUACACCUGACUCAAAAGUCAUAAUUCCAAAACUCCAGAGCCCUGGACAAGAGAAGGUGAAGCAGAAGAGUCCUUCACAUGAUGUGCCAGCUCUAGAGAACGAGGUAAAGCUGAGCCAGCACACAUUCUCCUUGCCCACCUGCAGGAUCAGUGAGUCGGUGGAGAAGCUGAUGGAACUUGCCUAUCAAACCCUUUCAGAAGCUACUUCCAGCAGUAAGCCUUGCUCCAUCCAGCUAUUCUACACUGUCCGAAACAUUUUCCAUCUGUUCUAUGAUGUUGUCCCAACGUAUCACAAAGAGAACCUACAGAAACUUCCUCAGCUCUCUGCCAUCCACCACAACAAUUGCAUGUACAUUGCACACCAUCUGCUAACACUUGGACACCAGUUUCGGUACCAUCUUCCUUCCCCGCUUAGUGAUGGAGCAGCUACAUUUGUUGACAUGGUUCCUGGAUUCCGAAGACUAGGCACGGAGACUUUUCUUGCACAAAUGCGCUCCCAGAAAGGUGACCUUCUUGAUAGGUUAUCAAAUGCAAGGUCAUUUAGCAACAUGGAAGAUGAACAAAAUUACACAUCGGCACACAAAGCAAUAAGGCAGGUUAUUCAUCAACUGAGUCGCCUGGGAAAGGUGUGGCAGGACGUACUUCCCGUGGCUAUAUAUUGCAAGGCCAUGGGGACAUUGUUGAACACGGCCAUCACUGAAAUAAUUAGCAAAAUUACAGCUUUGGAGGACAUCUCCACUGAAGAUGGAGAAAAACUAUAUUCCCUGUGUCGUACAAUGGUUGAGGAAGGACCCCUCGUCUUCACUCCUCUUCCUGAAGAAGGCAAGAACAAGAAGUUUCAGGAGGAGGUGCCAGUCUAUGUGCAGAAGUGGAUGAAAUUCAAAGAACUCAUGAUUAUCCUGCAAGCAAAUCUUCAGGAGAUUGUCGAUCGGUGGGCGGAUGGUAAAGGACCCCUUGCUACAGAGUUCUCUACUGUCGAAGUAAAAAGUUUGAUCAGAGCUCUUUUUCAGAACACAGAGAGGAGAGCAGCAGCUUUAGCCAAGAUCAAAUAAUGCUUAGAUCACGUUAUUCUAUCUGUAAUAUUAUGUACAUACUUGACACCAAUAAAUCAGUUCUUAAAAAAGUAGUGUUUUUCUCUAGCAUCCAUAAGGGAUAUUGGGGAAACUAGUACGAUGGGGUAUAGAUGGGGUCCAAAGGAGCCAGUGUACUUUACAUUUCUUCAGAUGGGUGUACUGGCUCCUCCCCUCUAUGCCACCUCCCACAGGCAGUUUAGAAAAAAGUGCCUUCAGGAGAGGAUGCACAUCUCUGCAGCUCCUUCAAUUUUCUUUUAAACUUUUCUUAUUUUUGGUAUGCGGUCUGGGCAAUAGCAUACCUGCGCCGUGGGAGUUAGGGGGCUGUCACCAGCCUUACGAGGUGCAGAGUCGCUUCCCCACUGCAGGACCACCGUCCUGAGGGGUUGUUGUUCAGCAGGGCACUGCGCCUUGGCUGUCACAGCCGCAGCACACCCCUAAUUCUGCCUGAUGGUGAUGUAACAGGCCCGGACAAUGAUAUAGUGCCUGCUGCCGUGCAGGUGUCGUCACUCCACCCACCUGUGGCAACUCCCGUCACAGACGAUACCCAGAAGCGUCAGGGAGCUCCGCCUUCCGGAUCAAUCACCAGCAUGAACACCUCCCUGCAGUGGUCGAUGAAGAACCUAGAAGGAAGGAACGUACCGGUUGAGACGUGCGUGUCGACCUCCGUCAGAGGUACAGGGCGCGUCAGGGGUAGCAGCGACCUUCACCGGCUGGGCGGAAGGUCAUCACUGGCCGAAAGGCCUCAGCUACCCAGUUCUCACACACUCGCACGUUGUGUGGUGAGAGGGGUCCUCACGUCCGUGAGCAAACCCCCGACCGGUAUACGGGGACGAUGACAAAACUGACACAGAGUAAUACUCACUCCCAACUUGCUGGUCACCUUGAUGGUCGCACCUCUCCGCUCCUGUUGGGGCAAGAAGAGCAGCCUCCCUAACUGCAGGCUACACUAACGGCAAACAACAACUUACAGCCAACUACGCCUGCCUGAGCAAACUAUCUUAGCAACUGAGGCUACUGGUUCUAUUCCGAACUAGCAGAGACCGGACUAACUAAACACAUUCGCUAACCAACAAGCCAGUAGAACAAUUCCCCGGUCCAACAGGUUAACCCCGAAUAACCAAUUCCACUUAACGGAUACUGGUCACUAGCUACUUCCUUCCGCUCUUAAUAGAGGACGUGAACGGGGCAUCCAGAGCCGGACGGCUGUCCACUCCAGACUACCGGGAAAUAGUGACGCGUGGGACGGGAAGGUUACUCCACACUCUCUAAUCCCCUGUAGUAUACACCGCGUGGGGCCAGCCGGCUCCUCACGCCCGACCAAAACCCCUCGGAAGCUGCCACACGGCCCACUUCCAACCGUUCCUGUCCGGGCCGGUCCGUACAAAUUCACCCCGCGUCCUGUAAGAUGCAGUGAGCGGAAGCCUGGGUGAGGGCGCAGGCCUGGAAGCCUGGGUGAGGGCGCAGGCCUGGAAGCCCGAACUGUGGACACAGGCCGAGGGGCCUGAACUGUGGGCACAGGCCGAGGGGCCCGAACUGUGGGCACAGGCCGAGGGGCCCGAACUGUGGGCACAGGCCUGGAGGGCCUAAAUGGCACAGGCCGGAGGCCUGGACUGAGAGCACAGGCCUGGAGGGCCUGAAUGGACACAGGCCGUAGGCCUGGAAUGAGGCACAGGCCUGGAGGGCCUGAAUUGGGCACAGGCCGGAUGCCUGGAUGGUGGGGCACAGGCAGGAGGCCUGAAUACUGUGGGCACAGGCCGAGAGGGCCUGGUUAUCCCCGCAGGCCUAGCGCCUGUCCCUGGUGCUCUAGGGUGGACUAAAGAUAGGUAUAGGUGGCCCAAGGCCGCCUACCUGUCUCGGUGGGAGAGGCUGCAGCGGGGAGCUUUGUUAGCUCUUUUGCUCUCCACGCGCUGCAGCACUCUCCGCCGGACUUCCGCUGCUGGCCGCCUUCCUCCGCCGACGUCUUCCUCCUCGUUGUCCUCGCCGCCGGUUCUGUGGACUCCGCUGCCGCCGCCGCCCGGUCUUCGGCCUUCUGCAGGGAAUCUUCUUUCUUCUCGAGGAGCUCUUCUUCUUCGUCCGGCGCCUGACUGGCCGCUCCCGCUCCUGAGCGUCUUGUAUGACGCUGGGAACGGGCGGAGCUAUGACGCGGCGAGCUCCGAUUGGCUUGCCGCGGCGUCUUCCCAUUGGCGGCCAAGGCGCGAGCUCUGAUUGGCUCGCGCUUGGCGCGCCAUUCAAAAUGCGGCGACGUGAUUGGAGGGGCUUGAAUCCUUACAGAUGCAAGUCCCUCCAAGCUGGGGCCUACCCGCCGCCGCGCCGAUGCCCGCCGCGACGAACGGAGGAGGGGGACAACCCCCUUCACAUUUCCCCCCUCUUUGUCCUUUGUGGUCCCCACAAAGCAAGAGUCCGACCACACAAAGUUUGGGUCUGCGUAGCGGGGGCCCGAACACCCCUAUUUGAACGCUGAGAACGUCUUGGUAAGGGAGGAGCGACCACGUCAGUUGGGGGUUGAGUCCUUGAUGACUCAUCCGGCUGAUUCUCCUCGACAGGCAACCACCACUCUUCGUCUGGCAGGGGAACAGGAUUUUCCCAGGCAGGAGCUCCAACUCCGUCCGCCUCUUCGGGGACCCAGCAUCACUAACCGGAUCCAGGAAAGGACAAGGUCGCAGUUUACUCCGAUGUAACGUGCGUAGAUGUCCAGUCCCAUCAGUAGACUCCACUUGAUACACUGGACCACCCGGGGACAAGCGACGGCGAAUAAUGUAUGGGGUAACCUCCCACCGCUCUGACAGUUUUCCCCCCGGACGGACCUCACGCACCAACACCCGCUGGCCCACGGCCAGCGACCCAGGUUCGUGGGAACUCGCAGGCGCAUGUUGUUGAUCCGCGAUAAGCCUUCCAACCAGCUCGUGGGCCGCCUUCAGCCGUAGCCGAUGUUCCUCUACCCAUUCGGCAGGGGCCAGGGGAAUUUCUCUUCGGUUCCGGACAGCUGUAAGUCGUGCGCCUCCCGCCCUGGUCGACCAAACAACAAAAAAAGGGGGAAAAUCCGGUGGUGUGAUGAACUCGGUUGUUAUAAGUCCAGACCAAUUCCUGCACAUGUUCGGGCCAUCGUUGCUUCUUAGCUCGUUCCAACACGCGGAGCAUCUGCAGCAAAGUCCGGUUAAACCGCUCACAGGCUCCAUUUCCCUGCGGGUGGUAAGGCGUCGUACGGGACUUUUGAACGCCAUAAAGCUUUCAAAGACGUUCCAUCAGCUGCCCCUGGAAGCAGGCCCCUUGAUCAGAAUGAAUCCGCUCGGGGCAACCGUACUGCCGAAUGAAAUGCUCAAUGAUUGCCGUGUUGCUGAUUCCGCAGUUUGGUUUCGGGUCGGGACCACUACCGUGAACUUAGUGAAAUGGUCAGUCAUCACCAGGGCAUACUGGUGUCCACUAACCGACUCCCCAAUCAACACGUAGUCAAUCAUCAGCAACUUCAACGGCCGACUGGUCCGGAUCGUCUGGAUGGGCACGUGCUGUUCCUGUGGCUUAACUACCGCACACCACCUGCACUCACGACACACCUGAUCCACGACCGCUUGCAGCCGGGGGGGCGAAAUACUGGCGUCUCAACCAAUGGUAUGUCUUAUGGGGUCCCAAAUGGGCCCCCUGUUCGUGCGCCUCUUCCACCAAUGCCCGCACCCAGACUUCCGGCACCACCACCUGUUCAACAGUACGCAUUUCCUGCUCCAGAUAGCAUUGUCUCCGCAAAGUACCAGCACAGACCCGCAAUUGGUCCCAACGACGCAUCACCUUUAUACUGAAUCCGGUCAGCCCAUCCUGCUCUCGUCGAGAUGGCAGAUGACCCCUCUGUAUCCACUGCCGGAUAAGGUCCAAACCCUCGUCAGCCUGUUGCUCCUGUGCCCAGUCCAUUUCCGUGUACCUGAGUAAGGCAGUCCGGGUGUUCUGUUGACACAACUCUCUACCAACGGGCUGCCGCACACGAGUUAGAUCCGGCAUCUCCUCCCCACCGUCGUCUUCUUCCUCACCAGGCUCUGGGAUUUCCACUGGGAAGCGAGACAGGGCAUCCGCGUUGGUAUUACUCUUCCCCGAACGAUAACGAAUCUUGUAGGAAAACUUGGCCAACCUGGCCACCCACCGUUGCUCUAGGGCACCCAGCUUGGCAGUCUCCAGGUACGUCAAGGGGUUGUUGUCCGUAAAGAUGUCCACGUGAGCGGCGGUCAAGUAUUCCGCAAAUUUCUCAGUUACUGCCCACACCACCGCCAGCAAUUCCAGCUUGAAGGAACUGUAGUUGUCUGGGUUCCUCUCGGCCUCUCGCAAGCUACGACUGCCGUAAGCAAUCACCCGCUCCUGUCCAUCCUGAACUUGAGCUAAGACCGCACCCAAUCCCUGCAGACUUCCAUCCGUGUGUAAAAUGAAGGGCUUCUCAAAAUCUGCAUACCCUAACACCGGAGCCUCCGUGAGACUUUCCUUCAGUCGGUUAAAGGCCAAGUCCUGCGCUUCUCCCCAUGUCUCCAGGGUUGCUUUCCUCGUGGUCGCAAUCCCUCGAAGCAAUGCAUGUAGGGGUUCCGCGAUCCGGGCAAAAUCUUUGAUGAAGCAUCGGUAAUACCCCACCAAACCCAGGAACGCCCGUAGUUCCGUGACAGUGGUGGGCACCUUCCACUCCUGAACUGCCGCAACCUUGCUGGGGGUUGGGUAUACUCCAUCGCGGGACACCACAUGCCCGAGGUACUCCAAACUGGAUUUCAACAGAUGGCACUUCCGAGGCUUAAGCUUCAGACCAUACUUCUCCAACCGCUGGAGAACCAUGUCAAGUCGAGCAAAGUGUUCCUCCAAGGUUGCUGCGAACACGAUCAUGUCGUCCAGGUAAAUCAGUAAGGCCUCAAAAUUCAAAUCUCCCAAACACCUUUCCAUCAUCCGUUGGAACGUGGCGGGCGCAUUGUUCAACCCAAACCGCAUGCGACAAAAUUCGAACAAUCCCAUGGGAGUAACAAACGCGGUCUUCUCCCUAUCCUGUGGGGCCACAGGUACUUGCCAGUAUCCACUGGCCAGGUCCAAGGUUGAAAAGAAUUUUGCAUUGCCCAACGCGGCUAGUGACUCCUCGAUCCUGGGGAGAGGGUAAGCAUCACGGACGGUGCAACUGUUCAACUUCCGAUAGUCCACACAGAAACGGAUGGUCCCAUCCUUCUUUCGGACUAGGACUAUGGGUGCAGCCCUUGGACUCUUACUCUCCUGGAUCACGUGAUUGUCCAGCAUCUGACGCAGCAUUGUCUUUACUUCUUGAUACAAACGGGGAGGUAUCGGCCGAUACCGUUCUCGAACAGGGGUGGCGUCUCCGGUGCGAAUCUCGUGUUGCAGGUCAUCCGUGUAUCCGAAAUCCUCCUCAUGUCGCGAGAAAACUUUCUGCCGAUUCCAGAGCAUCUGGUCCAACUUGGCCACAUCCCCGGCCGCGCACUCUUCCAGUGACACGUCCAUCUGUGUUCGGAUAACCGUACCGUUCCACUCGGGGCUGGCCUCUUCCAGCUCUUCCACUCGAACAGACAAUGCCCAUGCUUCCGAAGCCUCUGGCUGUAGGGAGAGUUUUCGCAUCCCCUGAAUACUACCUUCAUGUAUCGCCACCACCUGAGCGAUAACUGCUCCUGCCGGGACUCGACAAAGCUGGUCGGUGAGGUUACAGAAACGGACAGAGACCUUUCCCCCGGUCACCACCGGCACGGUACGAGCCACCAUCACCCCAGACCCUACUCCUAGCACAUCCGUUGGCUCUACCAUUACCUCCAUGCCAUUUAGGCUCUGGUGAGUCCAUACCUCCAAAGGGAUAAGGAUCUCUUGACGAGGGGGUAACUCCAGGCGCUGGUGGUGACCAAUCUUCAAAAGGCCCAGGUGUUCAUCGAUAGCCCCUAGGCCCCUGGCUCCUUGUUGUCGUCCCACCUGUUGGAAAGCCUGCUGGACAGGACGCUGAACUCCCAGACUCUUCCAAUAUCGUGGUCCAUUUUCCUGGAAUAAUAGCUGAUCGAGAUGUCGGAGCACAUUCAUUCCGAGGAUCACCGGGCCAUGGCUCAGUCCGGGACUACUAACUACCAGCAGCCCCUUUCUGCCCAGGUUUUGGCCACAAACUUCCAUUUCCAUCCACACCACCCCCACCACGGGGAUGGGCAGGUUAUUAGCCGCCGUGAGGGUAAUGAAGCUCUCUGACACCUCACCCUUGAGAUGAGCGUAGUGUUCCAAAAAACAUGCCUCAGACAUGGUGGAUACCUGAGAGCCGGUAUCCAACAGGCAGGACUGAUCUUUCCCCCCAAGGCGGCCGACUACUAUGGGACACUCCUACCAAUUCAGCCUGUUCGUUAAUGGCUGACUUCCCCUCGUCGCUCUCCCUCACGGGUGGUCCCGUUACCGCGAGGGAGGUCAGUUUAACUGUGCCUCUGGGAUCGCUUCCGUACAGGUUCGGACAAUAUGCCCGUACCGAUGGCAGCGGUAACAACGAGGGCCCCGGCCCUCUCCAGGACGGCUAUCUGAUCCAGUGCUCUGUCCACGGGGCCGUCUGGUGUCCCUCUCUCAGGACCUGGACUCCGUACCCUGGUGGUCCCGCCGGUACACUUCAUCCCGCAGUUGGGCGACUUCUUCCCUCAUCUCUUUGGUCACCCGGAGGAAGGUUUCUUUUAGAUCUUGCACACAGGUUUCCAAUGGGUUGGUUUCCUUGCUAGCCACUGGCGCGGACACCGGUUGCACCCAUUGGGGGAACACAGCGUGAGGUCCGUAAUUGGCAUUGCGGUCCCUGGCUACGGCGUCCAUUUCUACCUGAUGGAAGGUCAAGGUGUCAUCCUGGGAUAUUUUAUCCAGCAUGACCUGCCUCAAGGGCACAUUCCUGAGUCCCAUGGCGAACUGGUCCCGUAAUAUCUGGCUGGUGUUGGUGAGUGCCCCAAACCCAUCGGGAUCUUUUCGACGCACCUCUCCCAUCAUCUCCUGGAGUGCGUUGGCGUACUGGGGUAUGGACUCGUCCUCCCACUGGAACCGGCCAAACAGGCGCUGCCGGAGGGUUCCCGCUGAGGAGGUGUCCCCGUAGAUAUCCCCCAGUAUAUCGUAGAUCUCCAGUUCCUCGCGUUCAUCUUCAGGUCAUAAGAGGAUCGUCCGACGAGCCUCGCCUUCCAGGGAAUUCAGGGCGAGGGGCACUCGCAGGUCGUCGGGCACCCGGUAGAUAAGGAAAGUCGCCUCUAGUCGGGCUUUCCAGUCCUCCAAGGUCAUAUUACGCCCGUCAUACCGAGGUAGGUGGGCGAGGGCUGGUCCGACGUUGAGUCGACGGGAUGACCUUCGUCGCUCGUCGUCCGACCCCCUCCGGGCCACCGGAGUGGAACUGGCAUCUGAGUCCCUCCCGGCGGAUCGCCUUGGCUCAUCUCCCAACAUCUUCUCGGUGGCGGGGUGUGACUGAUCUUCGUCCAUCCUGCCGACUACGCCAAAUGUAACAGGCCCGGACAAUGAUAUAGUGCCUGCUGCCGUUCAGGUGUCGUCACUCCACCCACCUGUGGCAACUCCCGUCACAGACGAUACCCAGAAGCGUCAGGGAGCUCCGCCUUCCGGAUCAAUCGCCAGCACGAACACCUCCCUGCAGUGGUCGAUGAAGAACCUAGAAGGAAGGAACGUACCGGUUGAGACCGUCAGAGGUACAGGGCGCGUCAGGGGUAGCAGCGACCUUCACCGGCUGGGCGGAAGGUCAUCACUGGCCGAAAGGCCUCAGCUACCCAGUUCUCACACACUCGCACUCUCGCACGUUGUGUGGUGAGAGGGGUCCUCACGUCCGUGAGCCAACCCCCGACCGGUAUACGGGGACGAUGACAAAACAGACACAGAGUAAUACUCCCAACUUGCUGGUCACCUUGAUGGUCGCACCUCUCCGCUCCUGUUGGGGCAAGAAGAGCAGCCUCCCUAACUGCAGGCUACACUAACGGCAAACAACAACUUACAGCCAACUACGCCUGCCUGAGCAAACUAUCUUAGCAACUGAGGCUACUGGUUCUAUUCCGAACUAGCAGAGACCGGACUAACUAAACACAUUCGCUAACCAACAAGCCAGUAGAACAAUUCCCCGGUCCAACAGGUUAACCCCGAAUAACCAAUUCCACUUACCGGAUACUGGUCACUAGCUACUUCCUUCCGCUCUUAAUAGAGGACGUGAACGGGGCGUCCAGAGCGGACGGCUGUCCACUCCAGACUACCGGGAAAUAGUGACGCGUGGGACGGGAACGUUACUCCACACUCUCUAAUCCCCUGUAGUAUACACUGCGUGGGGCCAGCCGGCUCCUCACGCCCGACCGCGAACCCCUCGGAAGCUGCCACACGGCCCACUUCCAACCGUUCCUGUCCGGGCCGGGCCGGACAAAAUCACCCCCGAGUCCUGUAAGAUGCAGUGAGCGGAAGCCUGGGUGAGGGCGCAGGCCUGGAAGCCUGGGUGAGGGCGCAGGCCUGGAAGCCUGGGUGAGGGCGCAGGCCUGGAAGCCUGGGUGAGGGCGCAGGCCUGGAAGCCUGGGUGAGGGCGCAGGCCUGGAAGCCUAGGUGAGGGCGCAGGCCUGGAAGCCUGGGUGAGGGCGCAGGCCUGGAAGCCUGGGCUGUGGACACAGGCCGGAGGCCUGGACUUUGGGCACAGGCCGAGGGGCCUGAACUGUGGGCACAGGCCGAGGGGUCUGAACUGUGGGCACAGGCCUGGAGGGCCUAAAUGGGCACAGGCCGGAGGCCUGGACUGAGGGCACAGGCCUGGAGGGCCUGAAUGGACACAGGCCGGAGGCCUGGAAUGAGGCACAGGCCUGGAGGGCCUGAAUGGGCACAGGCCGGAGGCCUGUAUGGCGGGGCACAGGCAGGAGGCCUGACUACUGUGGGCACAGGCCGAGAGGGCCUGGUUAUCCCCGCAGGCCUAGCGCCUGUCCCUGGUGCUCUAGGGUGGACUAAAGAUAGGUAUAGGUGGCCCAAGGCCGCCUACCUGUCUCGGUGGGAGAGGCUGCAGCGGGGAGCUUCGUUAGCUCUUUUGCUCUCCACGCGCUGCAGCACUCUCCGCCGGACUUCCGCUGCUGGGCGCCUUCCUCCGCCGACGUCUUCCUCCUCGUUGUCCUCGCCGCCGGUUCUGUGGACUCCGCUGCCGCCGCCGCCCGGUCUUCGGCCUUCUGCAGGGAAUCUUCUUUCUUCUCCAGGAGCUCUUCGUCCGGCGCCCGACUGGCCGCUCCCGCUCCGCAGCGUCUCUUAUGACGCUGGGAACGGGCGGAGCUAUGACGCGGCGAGCUCAGAUUGGCGGCCAAGGCGCGAGCUCUGAUUGGCUCGCGCUUGGCGCACCAUUCAAAAUGCGGCAACGUGAUUGGAGGGGCUUGAAUCCUUACGGACGAACGGAGGAGGGGGACAACCCCCUUCACAGUGACAUCAGUGGCGAGUACAAACUGGGGUACCGCGGUUCAAAGUGCGGCUGACCAUGGGCGCGGUGUACGGGACCCUCCUGGGGGGGGGGGGUCCUGCUAAGAUCCCCCAUGUAGCACGGAUGCAAAAGGGCUUGACUAGCACUUGUGUAAUGUUUUAAGCUAUGAAGGUGACUUUGCCAGUAUAAAUAUUCAUUAUAGCUUCGGCGCCAUUAGAGGGGGCGGAGCUAACUCAGAGCUGGACCUGAGGCGUUUUGGAGCCUUCCUCUGCUUACAGCAGCCAUCUACAGCACACACAGCGCUUUCUGCCUCACAAGACACGCUGGAAAACUGGUACAAGGUGUUGCAAAGGGGGAGAGCUGCUUGUGUACACUAUCCUGAUCCUCUGUAGGACUUAAAUUGUUAGUGUUUACUUUGUCUAGAAAGCUGACAGCCUCACUGGGGCUGUGCAGUUCAGGGUGUGCUGGUGUCCUCUCUCUCAUCUGUCUCCUCUUACGUACAGUAGGGCAGGCAUGCAUUAUCACUGUGUAUGUUAUUGUGCUUACUGUGAAAUAUGGGUAAACACAAGCUGUGCAGUGUAUGGCACACUAGAUUAUCUCCAUUAUAUAAUGAUUCUGUUUCCUGUAAACAAUGCAGUCAAACUUCACAAAUCAGUGAAUGGGCUGAGGAAGAGGGUCCAGGCCCCACUGGUUAGAGUCUCUUAAGACUAUGAUGUCAGAUAUGUCAUCCCAGCUCACUGCUAAUGUGCAGAAGACUCUGCAACUACAACAAGCUGUUGCAGAUUUAGCUGCUAGGGCAAAUGCACAGUUCCCCCUUUCUCAUGCAGGUCCACAAAAGCGUGAUUUACCAGCUCUGCUAUCAGAUUCAGAUGAUGAUAUUCAAGAUGAUGGGAUCCAGGUCAUCCCCAUUAGUGGGGAUCCCGAUUCUACUAAGGGUAUUGAACCCCUCAUUAUGACUAUAAGGGUAUUAAACCCCUCAUUAAAGCUCCCUCUAGAGGACGUUACAUCACACCAGUCGUUUUUCUUUGUCCAAAACAAGCCCAGUGUCACUUUCCCUGAUUCUCCAGAGUUAGAUGACUUAUUCAACCAGGCCCGGAAAACUCCAGAUAAAAAAUUCCAAGUGUCCAAAAAAAAUUUGUGCACUUUCCCAUUUGCUCCUGGAGGUAGAAAUUUUUCGGAGGAACCCCCUGGGGUGGAUAUCUGUCUCUCUCCUGCCCCGGGCUCCUUUACUUUGAAGGAUCCUGGGGAUAGGAAGAUAGAGACUACCCUGAAAUCUAUAAACACUGCAGCCGACCUUUCUCAAAGACCAGUCAUUGCGGGUUGCUGGAUGACCCAUGCUAUUCAUUCUUGGGCCACGCAAAUUCAGGGGGGCCUCUCGGGAAAUAUGCCCUUAGUUACUAUUGUAAUCCUCCUGAAGCACAUUCAGGACACUACUCGUGUCUGUGAUCCCUCAAGGAGAUGGGGAACAUUAAUGCUCAGAUGUCUGCCAUGGCAGUGUCGGCGCGUAGGGCCUUGUGGUUGCGUCAGUGGAUUGCGGACACAGAAUCCAAACGUAAUGUGGAAUCCCUCCCCUUUUUCUGGGGAAUGGCUUUUUGGGGUUGAACUGGAUGCAUGGAUUUCCAAAGUUACGGCUGGGAAAUCCACGUUUCUCCCCUCUGGGGCCCCACCAGCGAGACGCUCCUAUCCGGGGGCCGUCUGUACAGUCCUUUUGGUCUCGCAGAUUUCAAUCUAAGACCAGAGAUGCCUCCAAUGAGACUAGAGGCACCAGAGGUAAGUCAAGAAAGCCUGCAAGCACCAGCUCUCCGUAACAGACCUCGAGGUGGGAGCCUGACUGCGUCACUUCAGCUGCGUCUGGGAGACCACCUGCUUGGAUGCCUGGGUCAGAAAGCUUGUUUCUCAGGGCUACAAGCUGGAGUUCGACAGUACUCACUCCCCCCUUCCCCAACGAUUUUUCAAAUGAAGCUUGCCAGCUUUGAAGGAUAUGCAGGUUACGUUGCAACAGGCUAUGCGAAAGUUGGUCCAGUACCAUGUCAUUGUUCCAGUACCACUACUGCUCCGCAAGGGGAUUUACUCAAACCUGUUUGUGGUGCCGAAGCCGGACGGUUCGGUCAGACCUAUUCUGAAUCUGAAAUCCUUGAAUCCUUAUUUGAGGGUGUUCAAGUUCAAAAUGGAAUCCCUGCAAGCAGUGAUUGCGGGCCUGGAAGAACAGGUAUUUAUGGUCUCCUUGGAUAUCAAGGACACCUAUCUCCAUAUUCCGAUUUGGUCCUCCUCAUCAGGCGUACCUGUGGUUUGCCCUGCUGGACGAUCACUUCCAAUUCCAGGCACUGCGCUUCGGCCUGUCCACAGCCCUGAGGGUAUUCACAAAGGUAAUGGCGGAGAUGAUUCUUCAACUCCGGGUUCAGGGGGUCAAUGUGGUCCCUUAUCUGGACGAUCUUCUGAUAAAGGCAAGAUCCAGGGAGCUUUUGCUGCUCCAUAUCGACCGUACCAUCCGUCUUCUUUCCAACCAUGGGUGGAUUCUCAACUUAAAGAAGUCCCACCUGGAGCCAACUCAGAGGCUCCUGUUCCUGGGGAUGUUUUGCUGCAUACUGUGGCCCAGAAGGUGUUUCUACCAGAGGACAAGGCAAAAACACUUCAGGAGAUGGUCCGCAUGGUGCUCCGACCUACUCGAGUGUCGAUCCAUCUUUGCAUAAGAUUGUUGGGAAAGAUGGUCUCCUCACACGAGGCGAUCCAAUAUGGGAGGUUCCAUGCCAGAACGUUUCAGUUGGCUCUCCUGAGCAAGUAGUCCGGAUCGCAUCUCCAGAAGCUCCGGAUGAUUCAGCUAUCACCUCAGGCCAGGAUUUCCCUCCUGUGAAGGCUAAGGCUACAGUCUUCCAAUCUCCUUUAUGGCAGGAGUUUCGGGAUGCAGGAUUGGACCCACCUCACGACUGAUGGGAGUCUGAGAGGAUGGGGAGCUGUCACCCAAGUUCCAGGGCAGGUGAUCAGCCCACGAAAGCCUCCUUACAAUAAACAUUCGGGAACUUCGGGCGAUCUACAAUGCCCUGCUUCAGGCCUCUCUGCUCAAGGAUCAAGCGAUCCAGGUACAGUCAGACAACGCCAUGGCGGUGGCGUAUAUCAAUCGACAAGCAGGGACAAAAAGCAGAGCCUGCAUGUGAGAGGUGUCAAAGAUACUCCUCUGGGCGGAAAGAAAUGCAAGAACCAUGUCGGCAAUCUUCAUUCCGGGUGUGGACAACUGGGAGGCGGAAUUCCUGAGUCGUCACGAUCUCCACCCGGGGGAGUGGGGGCUCCACCAUCUGGUGUUCCAGCAGAUUAUCGAGCGGUGGGGUUGCCCACAGAUAGACAUGAUGGCUUCUCGUCUCAACAAGAAACUUCCCUGGUAUUGCUCACAGACCAGGGACCCUCAGACGAGGGCAGUGGAUGCACUGGCAUCGCAUUGGCUGUACCGGUUGGUCUACCUGUUUCCUCCGAUCCCAGUGGGGGCUAAAGCGUAUCAGGAAUCAGGGUGUCCAGGCAAUUCUAAUUGCUCCGGAUUGGCCUCGGAGGGCGUGGUACGCAGAUCUUCUGGACUUCGUUUGACGGCAUGGAGGUUGAGCGGAACAUCCUAGCUCACAAGGGCCUUUCCAAGAAGGUAAUUGCAACCAUGGUUCAGGCCAGGAAACCUGUGACGUCAAAACACUAUCAUUAUAUCUGGAGAAGAUGUCAUUUGGUGCGAGGAAUGCACGUAUCCACCUGCAGAGUUUCACUUGGGCUGUUUCCUCCGUUUCCUGCAGGCUGGUGUGGAUAAGGGCUUACGUCUGGGUUCCAUUAAGGUCCAGAUUUCAGCUCUCUCCAUUUUCUUUCAGAAGAAAUUGGCAGUGUUGCCAGAAGUUCAGACCUUCUUGCAAGGGGUACUCCACAUACAACCUCCCUUUGUGCCGCCUACGGUACCCAGAAAUUUGGAUGUAGUGUUGGAUUUUCUACAGUCCUCCUGGUUUGAACCUUUGAUGACGGUAGAAGACAAAUGCCUCACGUGGAAGACGGUGAUGUUACUGGCCCUGGCUUCUGCUUGACGUGUCUCGGAAUUGGGGGCCUUAUGUAAAAGUCCAUACUUGGUCGUUUACGAGGACAGAGUGGAGCUCCGGAUUAGACAGCAGUUCCUGCCGAAGGUUGUCUCCACGUUUCACCUGAAUCAACUUAUUGUAAUUCCGUCCAGUUCUGACGCUUCUGCUCCUCCGGAGGCAUUGGAUGCUGUGUGUGCCUUAAAUAUCUAUGUCAAGCGCACGGCUCGGGUCAGAAAAACGGAUUCCUGCUUCAAAUCAGUCCAUUGCUCGUUGAUUAGGUUUACUGUCCAACAGGCCUAUGGGUCGGCAGCCUUACAUGUUCCUCAGUCUCUGAAGGCCCACUCUACAAGAUCAGUGGGCUCUUCCUGGGCGGCUGCCUGUGGAGUCUCGGCCUUGCAACUAUGCCGAACUGCUACCUGGUCGGGUUAGAACACCUUUGUGAAGUUCUACAAGUUUGAUACCCUGGCCAAAGAGGAUACCCAAUUUGGGCAGGCGGUGCUGCAGCAGUCUCCGCACGUUCCCGCCCGUUCUGGAGGCUUUGGGACAUCCCUAUUGUACUAGUUUCCCCCAAUAUCCCUUAUGGAUGCCAGCGAAAAUAGGAUUUUAAUACCUACCUGUAAAUCCUUUUCUCGUAAUCCAUAAGGGAUACUGGGCGCUCGCCUCAGUGUGUUAACUUUUUUCUGCAGGUUCUUGUUCUAUAGUUACCUGUUCAGCUGUUGUUGUUACCAGCCGUUGCUGGUUGUUUUAUGUUAGUGGUGGGCUCGUAUGUGAAUCUCACCACCUUUUGUUAUCAUGUUCCUUCUCUCAUAUAUGUCCUUUCUCCUUCGGGCACGUUUUUACCUAUAACUGCCUGUGGGAGGGGGCAUAGAGGGGAGGAGCCAGCACACCCAGUUGAAGAAAUUUUAAAGUGCACUGGCUCCUUUGGACCCCGUCUAUACCCCAUCGUACUAGUUUCCCCCAAUAUCCCUUAUGGAUGCUAGAGAAAAGGAUUUACCGGUAGGUAUUAAAAUCCUAUUUUUUACUUUUUGGGUACACUGGAAAAAAUCCUACUCAUGUGUAUUGUGCUGCAAUGACCAAUUUAUUUGUGGUGGAAUAACUGUAGGAAACUUUUCUAGCUCUUUAAUGCUUCAUAUCUGUAUUUAAUGGAGGAUUAAAAUUUGUUUUAAAAUCA